ACCGCGCCCCACACGUCGCCCGAGGCGCGAGUCUAUGUAUUGAGCGCGCGCGGACCCGCGCCAGCGCGCGGGUGGGGAGCAUCGCGGCCGCCUUCAUGACGGAGGGCACGUGUCUGCGUCGUAGAGGGGGCCCCUAUCGCACCGAGCCCGCCACCGACCUCAGCCGCUGGCGCCUCCGAAAUGAGAGGGGAAGGCAGACGUGGACGUAUUUCCAGGAGGGGGAGGAUCCUGGCCGCGGGCAGACCCGGCUGGAGGCGCACUCCCUGGGACUGGACCCGACCGGUUACUUUAAGGACUUGCCCAAAGCCUGCACAGCCCAUGAAGGGGCUCUGAAUGGGAUGACAUUUUAUGUGGGGCUGCAGGCUGAGGAUGGGCACUGGGCAGGUGAUUAUGGCGGCCCACUCUUCCUCCUGCCAGGUCUCUUGAUCACAUGCUAUGUGGCGCAAAUCCAUCUGCCAGCCGGAUAUAAAGAAGAGAUAGUGCGGUACCUGCGGUCAGUGCAGCUCCCUGAUGGCGGCUGGGGCCUGCACAUGGAGGACAAAUCCACAGUGUUUGGGACUGCACUCAACUAUGUAUCUCUGAGAAUUCUGGGUGUUGGCCCUGACGAUCCUGACUUGGUACGAGCCCGGAACAUUCUUCACAAGAAAGGUGGUGCUGUGGCCAUCCCCUCCUGGGGGAAGUUCUGGUUGGCUGUCCUGAAUGUUUAUAGCUGGGAAGGCCUCAACACUCUGUUCCCAGAGAUGUGGCUGUUUCCUGACUGGGUGCCUGCACAUCCCUCCACACUCUGGUGCCACUGCCGACAGGUCUACCUGCCCAUGAGCUACUGCUACGCCAUCCGGCUGAGCGCUAAGGAGGACCCACUGGUCCAGAGCCUCCGUCAGGAGCUCUACGUGGAGGACUAUGCUAGCAUCGACUGGCCGGCACAGAGGAACAACGUGUGCCCUGAUGAUCUGUACACGCCGCACAGCUGGCUGCUCCGUGUGGUGUACGUGUUACUCAACCUGUACGAGGGCCACCACAGCACCAGCUUGCGGGAGCGGGCCAUCCAGAAGCUAUACGAGCACAUCGUGGCUGAUGACUGCUUCUCCAAGUACAUUAGCAUUGGCCCGAUCUCGAAAACCAUCAACAUGCUUGUGCGCUGGUACGUGGACGGGCCGGGCUCCUCUGCCUUCCAGGAGCACAUCUCCAGGAUUCCUGAUUACCUCUGGCUGGGUCUCGAUGGCAUGAAAAUGCAGGGCACCAACGGCUCACAGGUGUGGGACACCUCAUUUGCCAUCCAGGCUCUGCUAGAGGCGGGGGCACAGCACAGGCCCGAGUUUUCGUCUUCCCUGCAGGAGGCACAUGAGUUUAUCCGGAUCUCACAGGUGCUAGACAGCCCCCCUGACUACCAGAAGUACUACCGCCAGAUGAGCAAGGGUGGCUUCCCCUUCAGCACGCUGGAUUGUGGCUGGAUUGUUACUGACUGCACAGCUGAGGCCUUGAAGUCCAUCCUUCUCCUGCAAGAACAGUGUCCCUUUGUCACCAAGCAUGUCGCACGAGAGCAGAUCUAUGAUGCUGUUGCUGUGUUGCUGGACAUGAGAAAUCCUGAUGGAGGGUUUGCCACCUAUGAGACUAAGCGUGGGGGCUACUUGCUGGAGCUGUUGAACCCCUCGGAGGUCUUUGGGGACAUCAUGAUUGACUACACAUAUGUGGAAUGCACCUCAGCUGUGAUGCAGGCACUGAAACUUUUCCAUGAGCGUUUCCCGGACCACAGGGCCAGGGAGAUCCGGGAGACGCUUGAGCAGGGCCUGGAGUUCUGUCGGCAGAAGCAGCGGGCUGAUGGCUCCUGGGAAGGCUCCUGGGGAGUUUGCUUCACCUACGGCACCUGGUUUGGGCUGGAAGCUUUCGCCUGCAUGGGGCAGACUUACAGCAGCGGGGCUGUGUGUGCGGCGGUCUCCCAGGCCUGUGACUUCCUGCUAUCCCAGCAGAUGGUGGAUGGGGGCUGGGGGGAAGACUUUGAGUCCUGUGAGCAGCGGCGUUACAUACAGAGUGCCACGUCCCAGAUCCACAACACAUCCUGGGCCUUGAUGGGGCUCAUGGCCGUCAGGCAUCCCUGCAUAGAGGCCCUGGAGAAGGGAGUCCGGUGUCUGCUUAGAAAACAGCUCCCCAAUGGCGACUGGCCCCAGGAGAACAUCCCUGGCGUCUUCAACAAGUCGUGUGUCAUCAACUACACCAGCUACAGGAACAUCUUCCCCAUCUGGGCCCUUGGCCGCUUCUCCCACCUGUACCCUGAGAGUGCCCUUGCUGGCCGCCCUUGAGGGUGCCUGGCAGGCAGAUAUGGAAUAUAUAAACCCAUAGAUCUGUGAUGCUCAGCAGACACAGAACAAUCACACAGAUGAAACAUGCCAAAACCAAAACCUCCUCCAGAGCACAUCAUGAGUUGAUGAAAACCAGUGAUGAAUAAAGGCUUAAAAGCAAUCAAAAACAGACAUGUUAUAUACAGGUGAACAAAGGGAAGGACAGCUGACUUCUCAUCAGGUAAAAUGCAAACCAGAAGGCAGUGCUGCAUGACAUCUUUAUAAAGUAUUAAAAGGGAAAACCUGGUCAGCUUAAAAUUCUCUAUUCACAGAAAACGAAAGUGAAGGCAAAGUAGACCCUUUCCAGACAAACCAAAACUGAAGGAAUACUCCAGCAGCUUUGCCCUACAAGAAACGUUGUUUGGGCCCAAGGAUAGUGAUAACCAGGUGGAAACUGAUCUGCACCAAAGAAUGAGGCCCAGAAAUGUUACGUGUAGAAGGCUUUUUCCCCUUUGUUAAAAACAAGCAUACAAACAAAACCUCUUUAAAAUAGAAUUAACUUUUCAAGGCAAAAACAAGAAUGUGAACACGGACAAGAAAUGUGCUGGAGGACAACAGCAGAUGCUGCCGAGAGGGCUCCCCUUGUGUGUCAAGUGCUGCGUCCCCAAGUGACAGUAUUUACCAGGACACAGAUUGUUGUAAGUAAAAGGAACCUAUUGUAAACCCAGAGUAAACCACUAAAAAAAAGGGGGUAUAGCUAGAAAACUGAUAAAGGGGACAAAAUAAUCCCAAAGGAGACAGGAAGAAAGAACAGACAGGACGAUAGAAAAUGUGAUAAACCUAACUCUUGUGGACUGGAUUGUGUCUCCCAACAUUCAUUUGGAAGAAAAGGACCUAAAUUUGGAUAUGGGGCCUUUCAGAAGAUAAUAAGGUUAAAUGAAGUCACAGGGUGGCUCUGAUCUGAUAGGACUGGUGUCCUAAGAAGAGAUGAGGGGACACACAAGAACGACCACGUGAGGACAGAACUCUGCCCACACCUGAUUCUCAGGUUUUGUGCUUUCAGAACUGUAAGAAAAUAAAUUUCUGUUGUUAAAGCCA